AUGACUGCCAUUCUCGGUGCCGGCAUCAGUGGACUGGCGGCGGGUCAUUAUUUGCUCAGGAAAACACCCAACCACCUACCAUUAACAAUAUACGAGGCAACGGAUCGUAUCGGCGGCUGGAUACGGUCCGAACGCUUCCUGGACCAUGGAUUCGUGUUCGAGGCAGGGCCACGAACCAUUCGACCCAAAGGCCCGGCAGCAAGCAACACGCUCCAGCUAAUAGAAGAGCUCGGACUGGCCGAAGAGGUAUAUUCGAUCAGCUCCAAUCAUACAGCCGCCCGGAAUCGUAUGAUAUACGCCAAAGGAAAGCUUAAUCUGCUGCCCAAUUCACUGGGGGGACUAUUUAAAACGGUACCACCAUUCACGACCCCUCUAUACUUUGCGGCCUUUCGUGAUCUGCUGGCAGGACGAUCGAAAACUGUGCUGAACGAUGAAUCUAUGUACUCGUUCGUAGAACGGCGGUUUGGCAAAGAGAUUGCCGAUUAUGCGGUCAGUUCUAUGCUGUGCGGUAUUUGUGCGGGCAAUGCGAAAGAAAUUAGCGUCAAGUUUCUGAUGAAGGAUUUGUUCGAGCGCGAGCAACGGCACGGUGGUGUUAUACUAGGCUUGCUCAAAGAGGCACUGCAAAACCGAAGGAAGCCACAGCCUCAAAGUGUUGUGAAAAAUUCUACCUCAACGCCUACCGGCUUAGCGGAACGUGCAAAGGCAGAAAACUGGAGCAUUUACUCGAUACGGGGCGGUCUGCAAACUUUACCUGAAACUUUGGCGGACAAUCUGCGUUCAAAAGGUGUAACCAUUGUGUCGGGAACAAAAUUCGAAGAGUUGACUUUAGGCCGCGAUCACGUUGUGUUGCGAGUGGAUGGUAAGGAGCAACAAUUGCAAAAUCUCGUUAGCAGCAUUCCAAGCUACAAGCUAGCGAAGCAUGUGCAAAACCAACAUCCGCAGCUAGCCUCGGCCCUAAGCAGCAUCCCGUUCGUGGACGUGUGCGUGAUUAAUCUACAGUACCGAAAACCCGAUCUGUUGAAACAGGAUGGGUUUGGGUUUUUGGUACCCCCAAUCGAGAAUUUACCCAUACUGGGUGUAAUAUUCGACAGUUGCUGCUUCGACAUGGAGGACAACACGGUGCUUACCGUGAUGAUGGGAGGCGCGUGGUUUGAGAAGUGGUUCGGCACGAAUCCAUCCGAAGAGCACUUGCUCGAGGUUGCGUUGGAGAAUGUGAAUAAGAUUCUUCACAUUGAGCAACGUCCCGACAACUACAAGGUAAAUUUGCUUCGAAAAUGCAUUCCCCAGUACACCGUUGGCCACCAGGAUCGUGUUAAAGCGAUACGGGACUAUAUCGAGCAGCAUGGACUGCCCAUCGUACUUUGUGGAGCUUCGUACGAUGGUGUAGGAGUGAACGAUGUUAUUCUAUCUGCUCGAACAAAUGUGGACAAAAUGGAACGCUAG